UCUCUUUCCAUUCCCUUGGUUGUGUAAAUUAAUGCUACUCUUCAAACUCCGCUCCCUCCCUCUUUAAAUUAGGGUUUCUACGGAGUCACUGUUCGUCUCUUUCUCUGUAUCUCUCUUGAUUUGGUGCGAUUCAAUGCCUGAUAAUUGCUUCGCCAUAUCCAGUUCCGAAAACCCUAAACAGUGCCCAAGUGUCCCGUUUGCGGACGAUUUUGGCGUAGUUGUGGGUUUCUGUUUCGAGAAGUGCUCCAAUUGCCUGCUUUAAUUUGAUUAGUGUGGAAGCGCGACGGCAUGGCACCGAGUCGCAGAAAAGGCGCCUCCAAAACAGCGGCAGCCGCGGCCGCUUGCCGCCAGUGGAAGGUUGGUGAUCUUGUUCUUGCCAAAGUCAAAGGGUUCCCUGCUUGGCCUGCCACGGUUAGUGAGCCAGAGAAGUGGGGAUAUUCAGCUGAUUGGAAGAAAGUACUUGUUCACUUCUUUGGAACCCAACAAAUAGCUUUCUGCAGUCCUGCUGAUGUUGAAGCAUUUACGAAGGAGAAGAAGCAAUCCCUUUUGGUUAAGCGUCAAGGGAGGGGUGCAGAUUUUGUUCGUGCAGUGCAGGAGAUAAUUGACAGUUAUGAGAAGUUAAAGCAACAUGACCAAGUUGAUGGUCCUGCUAGUGGUGAUAAAGGUGCUCUGAAAGAUGGUGUCAUUCUUGUGGAUUCAUCAGCUGAAACCGGGUUGAAGGACCUGGCACAAAUUGCUGAAGAAACUCAUGAUAUGCUUUUAGAAACUUUAGAUUCUAGUGCGGGUGUGGAUAAGCCAGGUACAACCAAUGAUACUCCAGUUGUAGCAGAAACAGGUGCUUUGCCUGAUAAAGAUACCUUAUCAGGACAACCAGCUGAUAAAGCCUCAGUUAAUGCGGUACCUAUUAUUACUACUUACACUUCUCGGAAACGCUCUGGGGGUUUACGAUCUAGAAAAUUUGUGACACAGAAGGCAUCUACACAAUCAGUUCAGCGGUCUAGAAUUUCCCCGCAGGUAGAAUCGUGUAAGUUGCAAAGCCUUACGCUGCCAUGUAACGAUGUCAGCAGGCCUGCUGGAGAUAUAUCAGCUAACCUAGUUGAGGAUGGUCCUUCAAAAAGAAAGAAGAGAACAAGGAAAUCACCAGAUGCUUCUGAACGUGAUGAUGUGGAUUCAUCUGCUUUUGUUUCGAAUUUUAGCAGUGAAGACAAUGUUUCUGAAAUUGUUACAGUUGAUUCAGAAGCUGUGAGUUUGAAUGAAGGCAGCACAAUGGUUUCUGGUUCUAAACUUGAGCAUUCUGAGAUAGAUGUUGAAUGUUUGGAGGAAGAUGUUGAGUUGAGCAAAGGGCUUGAUUUUCAAGUAAAGGCAGUUGUCCUUAAGAAAAAAAGAAAACCAACUCGAAAGCGUGCGGCUAAUGGUACAGUUGAGCCUCCUGCCAGAUUGGACAUGGAGCCAGAUUUAGCGGCAGUGGUGCAUGAUCCCGGUCAGAAUUCACAAAAUGGUGGGGAAAACUCAAAUGGGAGGCACUUCAGAGAUGAUGGAGAUGAGCACCUGCCCCUAUUAAAACGAGCGAGGGUUCGAAUGGGUAAACCUUCAAAUGAGGAUGGGGAACCCAUUAGUGUUUCGUGGACUGAAAAUUCCUUGACCACAGUUACAGUCAGUUCAUCAGUGGAAAUUGCCCCUUCAUUAAAAUGCAAUGAUGAUAGUCCGGAUGUUAGAGAUUCAUGUGCAGUGAAGGGACCCUCAGAUAAUGGAUCACCUUCAAGGGAUUCAACUCAAAUUCCUGGAAAUGGGCCACAGCUCCAGAAAGUUAACGACAACCAAUCGUUCUACUGUUCAGCAGAUGGUGAGGCUACUUUACCUCCCUCAAAACGCCUUCAUCGUGCUAUGGAGGCUAUGUCAGCUAAUGCUGCUGCUGAAGAUGAUCUAUCAUGUGUUAGUAAAUCAUCAACAUUGAAAACUUCAAUUAAUGGCUGCUGUGUUCCUUCAAUGAAGAGAUGUUCUCAUUUAGUAAUAGAAUCUAAAGAAGGGAAUAAUUUGGAGCAGCAGGGUAUGGAUUCUCCUAGAAAAAGUGCUGAAUUUUGUUUGAGUUCGAACACUUUGGAGGAUUCAUCCAAAUCUUUAGUUGAAACAGACACGUGCAAUCAACCCAUUGAUAGCUCUGAUAUUGAAAAAUCCAAAUUCUGCAAAGACUCUCCUGAGGCUAUGCGCUCUAUUGACAGCAAAGCACUUAGUAGUGUAACCUUCAACACUCCCAAUGCUCAGAUUGGAAUCAAAACCCAAAGUGCAGAACAUGGGUCACCAAAUCUUGAAGGAAGGCAAGAUAGUCCAAGAUUUAAACUUGAUUCACAAGAUCAGUUAUUGACUUGGAAGCAUGAAAGUGAUUCUCAAAAUACUGAUUUUAUGGAGUUUGAAGCUGUGAAUCCUGCUAAAAAAAAAGAUGUUUUGGAAAAUUCUAUGAUUAGCGUAGAUGCUGACUCAAGGACUGAUGGGGCUCCUAAAGUUUCACGUCGAAAUGGUAAGAGAGUUCUCCAUUUGUGUGGAGAGGGUACUGCUUGCUCAAACACCGUGUCUUCAAGGUCUCAAAUUGAUGAAAACAGCGUGGUUAAUGACAUGUAUCAGGUUGUGAAGGAUGAUGGUCAUCGUGUGAGACAAAAGGGUACAAGUUCUGUCUGCAUUUCUAAUAAUAUUGAGCCUGGAAAGGAUGUCUCAUGUGUCAGGUCAAGUCCAUCUUCUGCUGAUGGAGUUGAUUCUCCUGCACGGAUGUCUCCCCCCAAUACGUCAACCUGUCACAUGUCUACAUCAGAAAGUGCUAAUUUUGUUCCGAACAAUGGCUGUUGUAGUCCAAAUGUUCAUUUACAAGACAAGAAAGAAAUUUGUGAUUUGGUUACUGAUGAAGAAGAAAAAAGUGAAUUGGUGAUGUCUCACAGACCAAAGUCAGCUGGAAGGUCUAGCAGUACGGCUGAAGCACAUGCUGCUUUAUCGUCUUUUGAGGCAAUGCUUGGAACACUGACCAGGACGAAGGAGAGCAUUGGUCGCGCAACUCGUAUAGCUAUUGACUGUGCAAAGCUGGGUAUCUCUGCCAAGGUUGUGGAAAUUUUGGCUCGUUAUUUAGAAGUUGAGUCAAGCCUGCACAGAAGGGUGGACAUAUUCUUCCUUGUUGAUUCUAUUAUGCAGUUCUCACGUGGUUUGAAAGGUGAUUUUGGUGGUAUUUAUCCUUCAGCUAUUCAAGAAGUGCUACCCCGUCUACUGUUAGCUACUGCUCCUCCAGGAAGUAUUGCACAGGAAAAUCGAAGACAAUGUUUAAAGGUUUUGAGGCUUUGGCUGGAAAGAAGGAUCCUUCCAGAGAAUUUUAUUCGCCAACAGAUGCGAGACCUUGACUCGUGGAGUGGUCCUCCUUCUGCUGGUCCCUAUUCUCGCCGCUCAGCAAGGACAGAAAGGGCUCUAGAUGAUCCUGUUAGAGACAUGGAGGGUAUGCUGGUUGACGAAUAUGGAAGCAAUUCAAGUUCUCAGCUUCUUGGAUUUUGUAUGCCCCACAUGCGUAAGGAUGAGGGAAGUGAUUCUGAUGGAGGGACUUUUGAGGCUGUUACCCCUGAACAUAAUUCUGAAGGUUCUGAAGAAAUGGAGGCAAUUCCUGCUACAGAAAAGCAUAGACAUAUCUUGGAAGAGGUGGAUGGUGAGCUUGAAAUGGAGGAUGUAGCUCCCUCUUGCGACGUUGAGAUGAAUUCCACCAAUGGUGCUCCUGCAGUCAUUGCUGCACAAGAUCGGUUUGAACAGCAUUUUCAAUUGCCCUAUGCUCCCCCUCUGCCUCAGGAUGGCCCACCAUCAUCACCGCCAUUGCCAUCAUCUCCCCCUCCACCUCCUCCUGUACCUCCAGGUCCUAAUCUUGUCCCCCUUCCUCCUACACGCCCUAGGCCUGAUCCCUAUGCUAAUGCCAUUGAUUCGAAGCACUAUAAUAUGCAGGAUGACUUGCAACAGCAAUUGGCCCACCAAUCGGUACCUUUAAGGCUGAACUCAAGUAUUCCCAGUUCCAUGCAUUACCAUGCUCCUAAAAGUAGAGAUCACCAAAUACCAGCACAGGAUUUAGAUUCUACCGGCAUUCAUGUACGUUCAGCAAAUAACCUUCCGAGUGAUACCUCUAGCCUCCAUCAUAAGGCAGAGCCUCCACGACCACCUCAUCCUGCACCAUCAAAUCAGUUCUCUUACUUUCAGAAUGGCCAGCAUAUGAAGUCCCGGAGAGAUGAUCCACCACCUUCCUAUCCCCAUAGAUCGCAUUCUGCACGGAAUUUUGAUAGGGGGAACUUUUACAACGAUGGUGGAAACUUUUACAAUGAACAUGAGAGAAUAAAACCUGCUCCUUAUGAGAUCGGUGACAGUUGGAGGUUUCCUGCGCCCCGUUAUUCUGGACCAAGAUACCCUGGCAAACUCAAAUCAUCUCAUGGACAUGGUUCGCAUGGACCCCCUCGCGAGCAAACAAGAUCAAUGAACCAAGGGUGGCAUUUUCCUCCCCGGGCGAUGCAUCACAGGAACUCUGUGCCUUAUAGACCACCUCCUGAUGCUGGCUUUCAUGGUGUUUCAAGAGUUCCAAGUGUCUGGCGGCCAAGAUGAGCAAAGCAUUGCUUUGCUUCAAGGAUUGGUGUUGCCCAUUCUUCAAUCUGGGUUCCGCGGCUUGUUCAAAAUAUAAUGAGUCUUCCAGGCCACUGCACCAUGUAUGGAAAAGAUCUACAGAUGGGGGUGCGUGUUUAUAUGCGGCAAGCUCUUUUGGGGUUGUACAUAUGUAGUCUAUGCUCCAUGCAAGGGAGGUGGGCAAGAAUGCAGUCUUAUAGAUGUUGGCGGGAGCUUUAGCCUGGCUCCAGGAUGUCAUGUAUCAUCUUUUUCCAAUCUUGUUUUACCCAUUCUUUUGGUAUAAUUAGUUUCGGCUAAACCCAGAUAGGGUUUUCAUUAAAGUUUUUACCAUGCCCAUUUGUUGAGCUGAAGUAAUGCUGUAAACAAUUUUUUUUGUUUAUACGCCGGGAAAAAAAAAAACGGCCAAUGGAUUAGAAUUGCGAGAUGUACUGAUCCCAUUCUAGAUACUAAUCAAGUUUAGCUAAUGGCAGCUUAUGGGAAAUCUCUCCUUCCGUGUCUGGUGUGCGUGUUAGUUUAAUGUAACAAUUCUAUCUGGGUCGGAA